CAAGUAGCUGACAUUGCAGCUCAAACUCUAAUUAUCCUUACAGGAGCAUAUAAAGACUGAGGAAAAGAAGUUGGAGCCGAAAAAGAACGUUGAAUCAGAAACGAAAGAUUUGGAAAAGCUAAAAGUAGAGAGUACAGCUGUCAAACCGGAAGAAGUAGUACCCCUUGCACCCAAACCUGCCUCGCCACCAGCUACAAUCGGUGGUGAUUAUGUGAAUGCAGCUGAAGCACUCAUGGAUUACCUAAUGAUUAUGACUAAUUCUACGCAAAAGGAUGUUGAGGAGCCAGAUCAGAAGAUGAGCCCAGCUCCAAAAGAUGACUUAGAUCAGAAGAAGGGUCCGGAUCUGACAAAUAGUCCGGAUCAAAAGAAGAGACCGGGUCUUACAAACAGUCCAGAUCAAAAGAAGAGCCUGGAGCAGAUAAAAAAUCCAAAUCAGAAGAGUCCAGAUCUGAAGGGCAGCCCUGAUCAGUCGAAGGGUCCGGAUCUGACCAACAGUCCAGAUCAGAAGAAGGGCUCGGAUUUGACAAAUAGUCCAGAUCAGAAAAACGUGGCUUAA